AUGGCUGGCCUUGCUGCACAGCGCCUGUCAGCAUCUGGCCUCAGUGAGAGGGUGAGCGUGCGAGUGGGCGAUGCAUGCCAUGUGCCACAGGAUCUGCAGCCGUUGGCCGGCAUCUUCUCCUGUUUUGGCCUGCAGCAGAUGCCUGAACCGCAGCAGGUGCUUGGCAACUGGAUAUCAGCUCUGGCGCCCGGGGGCAUUUUGGCGCUGUGUUACUGGCCGCCACCUGAUGGCCAAAGAGAUGCAGCUUGGAGAGCGCUCACUGAUCCCUCCCUGUUCAAGCCCUCCGCCAGCAUACAAAGGGGAUGGGACGCUGACCUGGCGGCGGCAGCCAUGGCAGCUGGCGCUGAUGUGCUGGGGGACAUCUCACCAGCCCAUCCCAUGCAAUUUGACAGCCCCUCCCAUUGCUUUGAUGUGCGCACCAGGGACCCCUCUCAAAUGGCUGCUUGA